CAACGAACUACAACUAAUUAGCAAUGAUUUUUCAAUUGGACGGCUCACGAUCGGACUGGGAUCCGCCGGCUCCCACAGCCGACGAGCUGAUUAGAUUAGUUUUCAGUUUUCAUCACGAUUUGCGAUUUGCGUCGUCACUAAGUUCCUUGGUCCCGUGCCAGAAGCAUAAUCGCUGGGUAUAUAAUCGACUGGGAGGAAAACUUCACCCGCCCAAUGGCUACGAAUCUCGAUUCUCGCGCUACCACCACCUCAAGAGAGAUGUCUGUCAAUACAGCCGGCUUGCAAGAAAGGGGGAUGGAGGGCAAAACCUUACCUGCACCCUUGGGUAGCCCUGUCAAGUAUAUUCCCAGUGCCAAGGUAUUCUCCUGGAAGUCGAAGCUCGUAUAUGUGGGCUUCACUAUGGGAGCCCUGGCUACUCUGGCUUAUACCGCUUCACACAUCUUACCUUCUUCUUCUGUCGCGCAGGCUUCUCAUCUCAACACUUUCAAACGCCGUAGUCCCCCCAGUGAGCCUCCUAAGAACGCUCAAGUGAUUAAUCCCAAGGACUUCGCUGUUCUCACUACCGUAUUGCCUAGUUACGAAUUCAACGGAAGCUCUCUGUUUGUUCCUCCAGGAACCACCGAAGAAUCUCUCAAAGCCAAGCCCUUCCACAUUUACGACUACUCUUUUUACGAUGUCAUUGGACCAGACCCUACUCUCACUCUAAUUGCGGAUAGCGGUUCCGACCCUCUCUUCCACGAAGCUGUUGUUUGGUAUAAAGAACAAGACGAGGUGUUCUUUGUACAGAAUGCAGGUGCUAAAAGCGCUGGGACCGGCCUAAACAAGUCAGCCGUGGUGGAGAAAAUUUCUCUCGCCCAGGCAGCAGCAGUGCAAAAGGGUGAAAGAAACCAGACGGAAGUAAUUGUUGUCAACAGCACCGUUGAGGUCGUCAACCCUAACGGCGGCACUGCCUACCGCGGGAAAAUUGUCUUCGCUGGAGAGGGACAGGGUGCAAACGUGCCUCCUGCAUUUUACAUGCUUGAUCCUAAAGAACCUUACCCUACCACUGUCAUCCUCAAUAAUUUCUUUGGUCGUCAAUUCAACUCUCUCAACGACGUCUCUGUCAACCCUCGCAACAAGGAGCUCUAUUUCACCGAUGUCAUCUACGGCUAUCUGCAAGAUUUCAGGCCUCCCCCUGGGCUUCCUAACCAGAUCUACAGGUUCAACAUGGAUACUGGCGUCGUUCGGGUGGUUGCAGAUGGGCUCAACAUGCCUAAUGGUCUCACUUUUUCCCCCGACGGACGGCAUGCAUACGUCUCUGACACGGGCAUCUUCUCUGGGUUCUGGGGUACGAACUACACCUAUCCAGCCACCAUCUACCGAUGGGAUGUACAAGACGAUGGUAGCUGGGAGAACCAGAAGGUCUUUGCCUAUGUCCACGUUGGUGCCGCUGACGGUCUCCAUACCGACUCCAAAGGAAAUGUUUACGCGGGCGUAGGUGACGGUGUUCAUGUCUUUAGCCCGGAUGGUCUUCUUAUUGGAAAGAUCUACCUCGGCGAAACCUCCGCCAACUUCAACUUUGCUGGUCACGGGCGUAUGGUCAUCUGCGCAGAGACACAUCUGUACUAUGUCACGCUUGGUGCAUCAGGAUGGGAUCCUGAGGCGUAGACUGUGAAGAUUGUGCGAAGGUGACGGACAAUAAGCUGCGAAAUGUGUGAAGAUGAUGGACAGUAAGCUGCAAAAUGCGGAAACGCGUUGGACAAUAAGCAACAAGGAAGCCUGGAAAUUUACCAUCGUGCGUGGUAUAUGUAGUAAAGCCACGUAUAAUCUUAAUUGCAAUGUCUAAUAUUAAU